GUAUUCAUAUCUGGCCACGGAUUCUCUGUUGGAAACUCAACGUAGCUGCAGACAGAGAGUCAAACACAGUAAAUACAAAGAAAGACGUAAACAACAAAGUGAUAAAGUGACGUCAUCACGUGUUCAUCUACAACAGUAAUGGUUCAAAUACCGUCGGACUGAAUGGUCGGUUCCACCUCAAACGUAUGGACCCUGGUCUGAAAAAGGCUUGAGUUGGUGCUGGCCACCAGAGGGCGCGCCGUGUUAGCUUAUAUUGAACAUCACUUCCUGUGUGGCUGUUAGCUGUUAGCUGUUAGCAUGGUUACCAAGCGCUCAGCUGGUUGUCGGAGCAGCAGUAGUGUUGCACUUUAGCCCAGCAGCAGCCGGGGGCAGCAGCGGGGGCAGCAGCCGGGGGGGUCGGUACAUGCUGACACUGUUGUCUGCCGUGAUGUUUCUUCGUAGAUAGCUUAGUGUUUAGCCCAGUUUCCGUGCUAACGUCCGGUGUAAUGUCAGAGACGAGAACGCCGCACAGUCGCUGAUCGUUACCGCAGACGUUUCAGUGUUUUGUUGUGGAAAAUGAAGGAGGCUCCAGAUAACCUUUUGGAACAGGAGGAAUCCGAUGACAGCAGCGACAAACCGUCGCCUCCGUACGGUUCUCCUCGCUCCUCUCGGCUGCAGGUCCAGCGGAGCUCGGUCUGCUCCCGGGCUUACUUCGUCGUCGUCAUGGUCUUCUUCCAUGUUUACAUCCUGAAUGUGAUCGCGCUGCUGCUCUACGUGCACUACAACAACGGAGUCGGGGACCUGGUGAGUGUAGAUGGGGCCUCGGCAGCGGCACUGGCCGUCCCAAGCUCCCUGUGCCCCCCUGGCUCCGGCUCCGGCUCCGGCUCCGUUUCUCCCCAGGGCCCGGUGCGAGUGGAGGAUUCCGGGCGAACUUUCAGCCUUCCUCGCAUUGAGGGGAUACGGGUAGGACAUGUCCAGCAGGUGUCGCUGGUGCCUGGGAAAAAACACAAGAUGAUGACACUGAGCCUAAAACCUCUGCUGUUUGAGAUCCCUGGCUUCCUGACGGAGGAGGAGUGUCGGGUGGUGGUGCAGCUGGCUCAGCUGAAGGGUCUGAUGGAGAGCCUGACUCCAUCACUCAGCCAGGAGCAGGAGGAGUCCAACCAGCAACUGCUCUCCAUCAGCACCGAGGAGGUUUUCAGUCUUCUGGACCUGAACCAGGACGGGCUGCUGCAGAAGCAGGAGAUCGUCAGUCACUCACGUUCUCGGGAUGGAACCUGGUUGAGCCCAGACAACCUGCGUCAGAUUCUCUCUGGCCUGGAGGGGGCGCCAGCAGGUGGCUGUACAGGGACUUCAUGUGUUUGGAACACAACAUUUGGAGAGAGAUCAUUUUCUGUUACUGUCUCCCCCCCCACCCCCCACCUCCUCACCUCUCCACCUCUCCACCUCUCCACCUCUCCUCCUCCUCCUCCUCCUCUCCUCCUGGGCCCAGCAGCCAUGAUGACGUUGGAGGACUUCAGACUUUUCUACGACGGCUCUCAGCAGCCCGGGCAGCGGCGCUCUGAGAAGCUGUGGAGUCACUUCAAACAGAGGAGCAGACACACGUGGCUCCACCAGGGUCCGGGCUCCCACCACGUCCUGCAGACCCUCAGAACCAGAGUGGCGGCCCUGACGCGACUGCCCCCUCCCCUGGUGGAGCUGAGCGAGCCGCUGCAGGUGGUCCGCUACGAACAAGGAGACUUCAGCCACGCCCACCACGACAGCAGCCGCCCUCACCUGGAGAGCAGCUGCACGCACACGCGACUGGAGGGGGGGGAGACCACCUUCCCCGUGGCAGACAACCGUACCUAUGAUGAGGGGGCUCUGAUCCAGGACGGACUGGACCUGACGGACACUCAGCAGAGCUGCACUAGAGGGAAUCUGAGAAUCAAACCCACGGUGGGAUCAGCUCUGCUCUGGUACAACCAUCUGUCUGAUGGAAGAGGCUGGAUGGGGGAACUAGACGAGUACGCCCUGCGUGGUGACUGCCCGGUCCGACGGGGGCUGAAGUGGACGGCCAACAGCUGGGUCAAUGUGGACCCCGACUUUCAGAAGCAGGCUCGAUACCAGAAACUUGUUGCUCACAAGUUUCAGGCCAAGUCGGUCCUGGAGGAGCAGUACCAACCUCUGCCACACAGCGGCCUCCACCAGGACCUGUAGCUUGGACUGCGAAGAAAGUCCAGAACCAAAUCAGCUCUUUGAAUAAAGUCGACGCUACAGUCGGCGCUACAGUCGGCGUUACAGUCGACGUUACAGUCGGCGUUACAGUCGACGCUACAGUCACUGGACAGAUGUCGAGGUGUUUGUCUGGUUCUGCUCCUCAGAUCAACGACGUUUGUUCGUCCAAGAGUUAUUUAUUGCUUACGUUUUGAACUGGACUGCUGAAGUCUCCGUGCUGCUGGUGUGAACAGCACCUCCCUCAGGUCAAUGUCAGAACAGCUUCAAGUUGUGUUUUUGGUCCUUAUUCAGUAUUUAUUUAUUUAUUGAUUGAUUGAUUGAUUUAUCUGAGUGUCACUGCUAAUUUAUUUGAAAUAAAAGAAACAAUAUUUAUCAC